ACUGACAGUUCCCCGCGAAGCGUCGAGGCCGAAGCACGUGCGUCGUCGCCGCGCCACUCGUUGUGAACGUUCAUCUUACUCGUCUUCAACUUACUCCCUAAUUAAACCCUGUGACUAAAAACCAACUACCUGGACCCAAACAGUGCUGGACCUAAUCACGGUGCCAAAUACAGUGAUAAUAUCUCCUUCUAACAUCUCUCGGAGCCGGCGGAACGUUGCGUUUUUCGCGGUAAUUUGCCGACGCAUUUGUUCGAAAGGGCUCUUAGACCGGGAGUGCGAUGGACGCGGCGGUCGCUCGGUGAAGUGCAGUGGACAGUGAGUGUGUGAUGAUGAAGUGAAACAGUUAGUGGUGGUGAUCAAGAUGCCGUCAGACAGCGGCGCGGCCUGGGCGCCGCCGGCCUCCAAUGGGGAGAGGAGGCUCAGCAACUCUUCGGAUGGGAGCGCCGGGAGUGGAUAUUCUAAAGCUCUAUCAUCAGACAGCGCGGACUUCCUGGCGACGCGGCCGCACACGGCGGCGGUCAUCCCGGGCAAGCCGGUGGUCAACCCGCUGCAGUUCGUGAAGGUGGGCCCGGCGGACCUGGGCAGCCGCGCGCGCGAGCAGCUGCGCCGCGCCGAGCUCGCCAAGCGCACCGAGCCGGCCCGGGUGGAGCAGCAGGAGGACUGGCAGUCGAACCUGGACAACUGGAAGAGCUCCCGGCGGAAGCGCGUGGAGCACAUCAUCGACCGCGUGGUGGAGGUGAAGCGACUGGAGGCCGAGGCGCCUCCCGCCCGGGGCAAGGGGAAGACCUUCCACGAGAUGAUGGAGGAACGAGCGGGUCGCCGACGCCGCAACCACCUGGCGUACAUCACGGAUGACGACGCGCAUGACCUGAGCGACCUCGGCAUCGGCACCUCCAGCACCAAGAGCAGCCUCAGCGAGGACUGCGACACGCACAGCCUCGCCAGUGACGGAAUGGACCUAGAUAAAAACCAUUCAGACGUUGACAAUUUAUCAAAUUGUGAUAUGGCAAACAGAAAACUUGGCUCGAGUGCCAACGAAUACGACACUUGCACGACCACGACCAUCAGCUCGCCAGAACCAGAGGAAUACACGUAUGAAGGGGCCAUCGAGGGAUACAAGUCCAGAAUCAUCUCGCAAACAAACAGUAGCAUCGUCAAAACAGUCGUCAACAAUAACCACAACAAAGAAAAGUCGCCAGAGAAACACAAUGGUGACCUAAAUAGGAUAAGGACAAACGUCAGCAACAAAAUCGAAGAGAAAUUAUCGUCUUUCCAACAGGAAAGAGCUAAUGACAUAAAGAACAGCAAUCAAAAGAAAGAUCUACCCAAAGUUAACAUACACAAAAGAAGAGAACAAUUCGAAAGAGAAAAUUCUCAAGAAACACAAACAAACAAGCCAAAACUACCAGAAAUUACUAAUAAAUUGUCAAUUAAACAGAGACUGUCUAGUUUAGAGAAGUUCAGCGAAGAAACCCUCGUUCAAAAAACAACGGUCGAUCAAACAAAGUUACCACUCGCUGAAGUUAGGCCUCUUAAGGAGCGGCUCUCGAGUCUUGAAAAGGUCAAAACUGGAUCUACAGAACACGAAGUCAAGAGGGUUUCUAACGGAGACUUGACUAACACGAGGUCCCUAAAAGAGCGCCUUUCAAGUCUUCAAUCUCAGACUUCAGAGGAAGAAGUUAAAAUUGUCAAAACGGAAAUCAAAGAAGUUUCGAUGAGUCUCAAAGAGCGCUUAUCGUGCUUGGAUGCUGCUAAGAAUAAGGAAAUACCCAAGAUUUCCGUUGAAGAAGAAAUUCAUAAUCACGAACAUUCUGAAACCAAAGUAAGUGAUAACUCUAAUGAAGGCUCGUUGAAAACAAGUCUUACAGGUAUCGAAAGUCAAAUGCAAAGCUUUUGUAGAUCUCUCGAUAGUUUAGAUAUUAACGGUCAAUCGUCUCCUAACUCCAUCGAAAGGGUACAGAGUUUUGAAGAUUUCGAUGCUGAAAUGCACAACAAUGCCGUCCAGAGUGAUAUUGAGACUGAAGACAGUGGAAUACACACAGCCAGGGAUUCCUGCGCCCCUGCAGAUGACAUUGCUGAUUUAACACAAGUGGCUUCCCCCAUUGGGGAACAAUUGAUAGAAGUCUCUGAAUAUGAGUCGUCAAAUGAAGACUCAACACCAGCCAUUGUCCCAAUGUCUCCUACAAAAGUUGAGGAACCCGAAGUCUUCACUCCUGAACCAAUUCACCCGAUAAUAGAUGAUGUGAUAAUUGAAGAAGUAGAAGAGCAAGAAUUGUGCAAGACUGAAGAUUCAGACAGCGGAAGCAACUACUUACAAGCGGUUUCUCAGCCGGAAGAUUUCAGCGUGACAUCUGAAGUGACUGAAAUCCAAAUGGACAAAGACGAUGAAGAUACGUUAAAGAGUUUGGAAAUUCAAGACACUAGUGUAAGUCUGAAUGAGCCUGUCUCGACUGCAUCAGAAGGUGACGCGGUGGUUUUUGAGGGCAAAAUGACUAUACACUUAAACUUGAAUGAAAUCUGCAACAAAUCUGGUGCCGGGAGCAACCCUAACUGUAAUGAUAGCACUACUAACUGCAAGAGCAUGCCAAUGGUAUUAGAUGCUUUGGAGCUGGCUUUCCAGGAGUUGGAUUCAGAAGACAGCUUUGGUAACACAAGCAAUAUGAGUAAUAAAGUUGAGGACCAGCCUGAUACCAAAACUGAGGAAAAGACUCCAGCAGAACCCAUGGAGCCUUCUAAAAUAGAUGUGGCUCCGUUGUAUGAGAACAUAGACAUAUUCUAUCAGAACGGAGGGUCAGACGAAGCGGCAGCCUUCCCUCUGGAUAUGCCGUCGAAUGUUCUAGAGCCGCCCAAAGAGAAGCCACCACCGCCACCUGCUGAUGAUAAUGUAGAGGAAGAAUUACUUGGCAGUGCCAUCACCCGCCAGGCCCCGCACACCAGCUCAGCGCGUCGCAUCAAGAAGGAGAUCCGCAACAAGCGCACCUCAUUCCUCGGCAUCUCGGCGAGUGAUGAACCGGAGCAGCCGCCGCCGCCCGACAUCACCAGCUUCCUGCAGGAGGAGACUAAGAUCGAGAAGCUGCUGUACCGCAAGACGCUGGGCCACGACAUGGAGGCGGGGCUGCGCGACAGCCGCGACUCCGGAGUCGACGUGGACCACUCGCACUCGCGGCAGAACAGCGAGCCCUACACCAACCUAACAACCAGCUCAGACGAAGACGACUCGUCCAAGAAGCAGUCGGCGACCUUCACCUCCAACCUCACCAGCGAGCUGGAGACCCUGGGCUCUGACGACAAGAUCGAGACCCUGGAUAAGAAGAUUCAGGAGCAACAGUUUCAGAGUGUCACUAACGAGGAUUGGCCCGACGGACUGUGUGACGAUGCUCACUCCAAGGAGGUACUGCGAUUCGAAAGGGAACUUCUACAACUAGAACAAGAAGAAUUAAGGAGACAAAGGGACAAUCUAUUACGAGAGAGCCAUACCAGAAUCCUACAAAAAUCCGUCCAAGACAUCUCAUCCAUCCCUAGCACACCGGAAAAGCCGCCACUGCAGCAACGGCCGAAACCCACCAAUCAGAACUACAGACAUUCGAUGCCGAACCUACUAGCCAAUGAGCUGUCAGCUGCCGACCCCAUUGAGCCAAUCACCGUCGAGAGAACGCACUACAAGCUAGAAGAGAGUAUGAAACGCAAGCCGUUUGUGUCAGAGGAGCAUAUCCAGAGGCACUUCGGUGUGGAAGAGAGUAGGAAGAUCCUGUACGAGGGGGUGGAAAGGAGACAGACGGUGCAGCAGGUGUCGCGGCCGCCGCAGCCCAUUCUGCCGCCGAAACCGAAGCUGCAGAGCAGGGAGUCCGUCGAACGGGAGAUUACUAUGAGAAGCAGCCGAGUGCCCUCAGCAGUGGAGUACGCGAACGUGGAGCGUCCGGCGGUGCAGCUGAGACAGAAGCCCACGACGCAGCCGCCGCCGCCGCCGCAGACCAACGGACAGUACCAUCCGAUGAGCCGGCAUACUUUACAAGCGCUAAGCGCAGCCCCCACUCCCAAGUUGAUGUCCAACGCGGAGUGGCUGCAGAGCAAGGCCGCCCGGCCCAAGCCCGCCCACUACAACUACAACCAACACUGGCUCAUACAGGAAGCGGAACAGCGCAGAAUAGAAGAGCACAAGCUGAAGACGCGUGCGCCGGCGCAGCGACACUCGUACCACCACGACGCGCGCGAUACACUUGCGCCGACACACACGCACCGGAUGCAGGCGCUCAGUGCCAGUCAGCAGCAGUUGCCUCGCGCGGUGCCGCCGCCCGUGGUUCCCGAGGACAAGGUGCUUAGCGUCAGCGGGAAGCGGAAGUGCUCGCAUUGCGGAGAUGAACUGGGUCGCGGCGCAGCCAUGAUAAUCGAGUCCCUGUCCCUCUGCUACCACGUGUGGUGUUUCGCGUGCUUCGUGUGCGGCGCUCGGCUGGGCGACGGGCGCGCGGGGGCUGACGUGCGGGUGCGGGGGGCGCGGCUGCACUGCCGAGCGUGCUAUUCUGCUGAUGAUGGUAGCAAAUAUUCUGCUGUAUAGCUGGUGGCUGCUCAGUGUGCAUCUUAGCUGAUGAUGGCAGCAAAUACUCGGCCGUAUAGCUGGGGAUGGCAGCAAAUAUUUGGCUGUAUAGCUGAGGGUAUAGACUAGAAUGCUAAAGAGUCGGAUGACUGCCGAACGUGUUAUUCUCCUGAUGAUAGCAUCAAAUACUCGGCUAUAUAGCUGAAGGAACAGAAGAUUUCCAAUGCGCGGGACAGACGUGAGACAUUCAUCACGACCCAUCACGUCCCCACUGCUGGGGCAAGGGUCUCUUUCCAAUGAAGGAAGGGUUUGUUUGUGAGACAUUGCUUUGUGUAUAAAGUAAGAAAGACAGUGUUACUGUGGAACAGUAUUGAGGUGGACUAGUGUUUUUAAAGAAAAGUGCUUUAAGGUGUGGACCAGUAUGGACAGAUCAAGUCGGAAGUGAUUGGGAAAAUAUACUUUAUAUUUCACUGCAUAGGAUUUUAUUCUAAUUUACGUAAACGGCACUUGCUCUUGGAUUGUGUAUUCCAUUGAGUCAUAAAAUAAGAAAAAUGGCUGCCUAAAAGUUUAUUUUACCGCCGCUGUGGCGCUAGUGAGCUGUCAUUUUAUAUUCCCUGGUUUUUACUGAUGGUGUAUUUUAUCAACAAAAGUAUGAUAGGGAUCUAUCGUAUUGUUUGUUGAUAUAGAUAUCGAUCAUUUCAAUACUUCCAAAUCGUCUAGUGCUCUCAGCUCUAGUCUGAGGGCGCUAUGAACGCUUUUGUACUUUUGUCAAAUCAAAUUUUAUCAUAAAAGCACAGUCGUUUGUUUACAAUGUGUAUUCUGUAUGCGUAGGAGCUAUUAUUGCACUGUUUAUAGUAAAUAACAAUCAUUUAUGCACAUCCAUGAAUAUUAUUAGACGAACUGUUUCACCGCUCUCAGAUGAUUUACUCGAGAGAGAUUUAACUACUUACAUAAUAAAGAGUUAUACAUUUCUUGUUAAUUUAUCUGGGAGUGGCGAAAAAGAUCCCUUUAAAUCGUAUUUUCAGGCAAAUCACAUACAAAAAUUGCCAAAAUACGUAGGUAUCUAAAGUUGAGAUGUAGAUCAUUAUAUACCUUAUUUUGUUUCUAAUAAAACAUUAUCUGCAACUAUUUUGUGCCAUGUCAGGAGUUCUAUGUAUGUUUGUACAUUUAUAACAAAAAGUACACUUUUACACCGAUGUAAUAACUAAAGAACAUAAUGCUAGUUAUAGAAAAAUGUAUAAUCAGAGUAUAUUUUCUAAUAACAAAAUGAGAUUUAGUUUUAACUGUAAUAUUUUGUAAAUAGAUAUUAAUUUAUGUUAGUUGUGUGGUUAGCUUUAAUAGGUUGUAUCUUAGAAUAAACAAUACAUUUAUUCCAAAAAUGUGCAUAUCUAAUAUAUUUUUAUUUUCACAUCACUUAACAGUUCAAAUAAGUAUGUGUUGUAUUAUUUUCAAAAUACAAAAUGAUUUUAUCCUUGUACUUACAUAUAAAUAAACCUUUACAGACAUAUGAUUUCCAAUAGUUUAGUCUGAAGUCGCAGGUAUAUACCUCUCUACAUAAAAAAAUAUUGGUAAGGUAUUUAUAAGUAUGAAAUCAUCCUGUAUAUUUGAUACUCUCGCACUAAAGGAAAGGCUUGGGUGGUUUUGUGUUCUCAUUCUCAUACAAACAGCACUACUAAGUAUUACUUUGUAAUUAUGUUUAUUAUAACUUGAACAAUCUGUACAUUAUUUUUGUUAAUAAGUCCAUUUGUAUAACAAUAAAUAUUUUCAAAAACA